AAACAAAGAUCACAAACCCUAAAAUUGUUUUGAAUCUUUAUAUAUUUUUUGAUCUGGGUUUGCUGAUCAAAAAAAGUAAAGUCUUUACAAUAUUAUUUAUUAAUUAUCACUGCUAUACAAAGGAAGAACAGUGUCACUCUUUGAUCUGUUUGGUGUUCGUUCUGAAUCCACACACAAUAAAUUGGAACAAAGGGAGACUGACUUGCCAGUAUAUAAUAUUUUAAUCAUGAUGGCCGCUGCUGCUACUGGCGCACUCUUCCCUGCUGCUAAUCCACCUCCUGACUCUGGAGCAAAAUCGUCUGGAAAUUUAGGAGGAGGAAGUCUUCCUGGAAGUAUAGAUGCACGAGGGCUUAACGUUAAGAAGCCUGCUUUUGGGAGCCUACAAGCUAAGGCCAAUGCACAAGCUCCUCCAAAGGUGAAUGGAACAAAGGUAGGCGUUAUGGAUGGGUUCAAGGACGAUGAGGUGAUUUCUUCACAUCAUCCAAGGACCUUUAUCAACCAGUUGCCUGAUUGGAGCAUGCUCCUCGCUGCCAUCACUACAAUUUUUUUGGCUGCUGAGAAGCAAUGGAUGAUGCUUGAUUGGAAACCUAAGCGUCCUGAUAUGCUUGCUGAUCCAUUCGGAUUAGGAAAGAUUGUGCAGGAUGGCUUUGUUUUCCGUCAAAAUUUCAGCAUCAGGUCCUAUGAAAUAGGGGCUGACAGGACUGCGUCUAUAGAAACGAUGAUGAAUCAUUUACAGGAAACUGCUCUUAACCAUGUCAAGAGCGCGGGACUCAUGCAUGGUGGGUUCGGAUCAACUCCUGAAAUGUCCAAGAGAAAUUUGAUUUGGGUUGUUACAAAAAUGCAGGUUGUGGUGGAUCGUUAUCCUACUUGGGGUGAUGUUGUUCAAGUGGACACUUGGGUAGCUGCAUCCGGGAAAAAUGGUAUGCGGAGAGAUUGGCUUGUCCGCGAUAGUACUACAGGGGAUGUAUUGAUGAGAGCUUCCAGCCUUUGGGUGAUGAUGAACAAGGAGACAAGGAGAUUAUCUAAAAUACCAGAUGAGGCUCGGGCUGAAAUUGAAGGUUAUUUUGUUGAUUCACCUCCUGUUAUUGAUGAUGAUAGCAGGAAGUUACCAAAACUUGACGAGACAACAGCAGACUACGUUCGAACUGGUUUAACUCCAAGAUGGAGUGAUUUGGAUGUUAACCAGCAUGUUAAUAAUGUCAAGUACAUUGGCUGGAUUCUUGAGAGUGCACCAAUGCAAAUACUCGAGGGUUGUGAGCUUGCUGCCAUGACAUUAGAGUACCGGAGGGAGUGCAGAAGGGACAGUGUGCUGCAGUCACUGACUUCUGUUCUGGACAAUGGAGUCGAUGACUUCCCGGACUUUGGGAAUACUGAGUGUCAACAUGUGCUUCGACUCGAAAAUGGUGGAGAGGUUGUUAAGGGGCGGACCGAGUGGAGGCCAAAACUUGUCAAUGGAAUUGGGAGCCUGGGCGGAUUCCCAACAGACGUCGCUUAGUUUCAUUACUUCCAAGUGCUGGAGACUUGAAGUAGUGUCCGUGCUCUGCAUGCUCUAUAUCACAAUCGUUUGUGAAUCCCCCUACUUGUGCUCUUUUGAUCUUUUAUAUAUUUCCCUCCUCUCUCUAUAUAUAUAUAUCCUCUUCUCAGCCCUUGCCCAUUUUUUUCUUUUUUAUUCCUUGCCUCUAUCUCUUAAUCCUUUUAUUUCCUUUAGGUAUUAGUGAAAUUAUCAGUGAUUGUAAGUAUAGUCCUUGUGUCUAAUGUCUUAUUUCCCUAGCAUUCCCAAUACUCCAGGAGCUUUCCUAUCUUUUGUCCCUUUACCUUGCUGGCAAUUAAAUUUGGCCUAGAUGGCAUUGCUGAACAGGACAGCAAAUGGAACAUUUUUUAAUUUGUUGUGGCGAUUCUUUAUAUCUGUAAUGCAUUAUAUUUGUUCUCA